AAAAAGUGGGUGUAACGCGUCAAAUGAAAAUUUGGGGCAUUUCUUCUGACUGGACAUCGUGGGUCAUAGAACUGCCGCAGAAAUAAUUCCCGACUUGUGAUUGACCUCAAACAAAAGAAAUGCGCUAGUGUACUGUAUAAUCUAUAGUGAGUGUGACAGCAGGUAGAAUAGUCGCGGCUUGGCGUCGUGCCUGUGAUGUCCUCUGCUCGCUGUUGUUAUCUACUGCUUCUGUGGGAACUGUCCUGAAGCUACCGAGACUAAUGGCAGGGAUCAGUUGGUAUUCUAGUGAAAACACUCGCUCGAACCCUGUCCCAUUGUGCAGCCUUUCGAAUUUGCAGCUUAGAUUUUUGUGUCCAGCGGACCUAGAAGAGGUUCGGAGGCUGUGCCAGGACUGGUUUCCCAUCGAAUAUCCAGACUCAUGGUACCAAGACAUCACUUCCGACCCCAGAUUUUACUCAUUGGCAGCAAUCUACGGUGGCAUAAUCAUUGGGCUCAUCGUUGCUGAAAUUAAGUCGUACAAUAAACUCAGUAAAGAGGAUAGCACAAUUUUGUCUGUGUCGCCGCACGAAAGGAUUGAUGUGGGGUACAUUCUAAGUUUAGGUGUAAGCAAGGUAUACAGGAGAAAUGGAAUCGCCUCACUCUUGCUGGAACACCUCAUCCGUUACAUGAAUACAAACGAGAACGCUCACUGCAAGGCUCUUUUCCUGCAUGUUCUAACCACAAAUAAUGCUGCGAUUCAGUUUUAUGAGCAACGACGGUUCAAGCUUCAUUCAUUCCUGCCUUAUUACUAUUCAAUUCAAGGCAAGAGCAAAGAUGGAUUUAUGUACGUUCUCUACAUCAACGGAGGCCACCCGCCCUGGAGUUUAGCUGAUUAUAUCAAGCAUUACUGCGAAGUUCUGGUGCGUUCUGACCCUUGUUCGGUGCCUGCAUGGAUUUGGGGCCAGCUACAGGCAGUCACCGAGUGGAUUUGGCCAAGAGUUGGGCGAGCAGCGCAUAGCACAUCGACCCUGUUCUGGUAGACUGAUUACCCUACGUACGUUCAAGUAUUAUUUGACAAUUCCUAUUCACAUGUGUUGUUAAUCGAUUAAGAGAGCCCAAAUAGAACAAAUUUAUAUUAUAGUUUGCUGUAAUUCAAGAAACCUGUAAGAAACAAAGUAUUUUAUCGCCUACACGCCAACCAAAGCCUUUGCAAGAAAUAUUUGUUAAGAGUGAUAAUCCAGAAGUAGGGUCUCGUUGGUUCACAAAUUAUUACAGUGCUUCUAAGUCAGUUGAUUUCUUUUUACCGUUAUUCUACCCCCUAUUGUGCCAUUGGAAGACCCGCCCCUUGCACAUUCCCCGGUGUCACAUUUUGGAGAAAUUCUUAUUUUUUAAUCAAACAUUAAUCUAACUUUCCCAGAUAAUUAUGGUAUGAAGUAAAUUAUAUUCUUCUUUUUAUCAUCAUCAGUAUUGUUAAAAUAAUUUUGUUUACAACUGACGCUUUUUAAAUGUCACGCAUCAAAUGAACUCAACUAUGUGGUCUAAAAUUUAACCAAAGGUUCUCAUGUUGGAAAACAGGUAUAUCAAUUUCUGCAAACUCAUGUUAAAUUUAAACAGUUCCCGUGUGCAACUCUGACAAAGCAAGUACUAAAUUUUGGUGCAAUGAAUGAUACUUUUGGAGUGUUCUUGAGCGAUUGAUGCAAAUUUUACUGUUCAGAUGUUUACACCACAUAAUUUGUCAAACAAAUGAGAUGGAGACUGUUAUAUUUUUAGAUGUAGCACAAACUGUUAUGUGGCACAAAUGCAGUAGAAAUGUGAAAUAAAGAGAGAAAUUGAGAACAUUAAAAUAGCCACUUUAACAA